AUGUCAGACGCUGAGAAAACUCCACUCCUCCGCUCUAAAACGGACGAUGAAGAAGAGGACGAAGAAUUGACGGGAUGUGGAGCGACUCUGGCCUGUAAUCCCCGCCGAUUUCUGCACAGAUACCUCAUUUUGAUUAUCAUGUGUUUUCUCAGUUUUGGAAGCUACUUCUGUUAUGACAACCCAGCUGCCCUUCAAGACACCAUGAUAAAGGACCUUAACCUGUCCGAGAGCUCCUUUAUGGGGUUUUACUCUUGGUAUUCCUGGCCUAAUGUUAUCCUGUGUUUCUUUGGCGGUUUCCUCAUUGAUAAGGUGUUCGGUGUACGACUUGGAGCCAUCAUUUUCAGUUUGUUUGUCACUGGAGGACAGGUUUUGUUUGCCCUAGGUGCAUUUGUCAAUAAGGUCUGGUUGAUGGAUUUAGCAAGAUUUAUAUUUGGGAUAGGUGGAGAAUCCUUGGCUGUAGCACAGAACACCUACGCCGUCAAAUGGUUUCAAGGGAGGGAACUCAACAUGGUGUUUGGUCUUCAGCUCAGCUUUUCUCGUGUGGGCAGUACCGUGAACAUGAAUGUCAUGCAGCCCCUGUACCAGCUGAUCGCAGACCAUGGAAUGACAGGAUAUAAGUGUCUUGGCAUCACGUUAUUUAUCGGCGGUAUUAUCUGUAUCCUGUCACUCCUCUGUGCCUUCGCUCUUGGCUUCUUCGACAAGAGAACCGACAGAAUCCUUCACAGGAAAGCCACUGCGUCAGAUGAGGUGAUCAGGAUUACAGAUGUUAAAGAUUUUCCACUUGCCUUCUGGUUAAUGUGUGUGAUCUGUGUUGCCUAUUAUGUUGCUGUAUUCCCCUUCAUUGGCCUUGGUCUAGUUUUCUUUGAAAUGAAAUGGAACCUAAGUCCCAGUGCUGCAAAUACUGUGAACAGCCUUGUGUACAUCAUAUCAGCAGUUGCCUCCCCUUUGUUUGGUUUCCUGAUUGACAGAAGUGGAAAGAAUGUAUUCUGGAUAAUUUUGGGUACCGUAGCAACAAUAGGAUGUCAUGCCCUAUUAGCUUUCACCUUCCUCAACCCCUUCGUUGCCAUGAUUUGCAUGGGUUUAGCUUACUCUAUAUUAGCCAGUGCACUCUGGCCCCUUGUUGCUCAAGUCAUCCAAGAAUCACAACUUGGCACUGCAUACGGAAUUAUGCAGGCUAUUCAGAACCUCGGACUGGCUGUAAUAUCCAUCGCUGCAGGCUCUAUAGUCGAUUCUAGUGGCUAUCUUAUACUGGAGGUCUUCUUCCUUGUUUGGCUGUGUAUCGCCCUUGUUGCUGCAGUUUUAUUGUAUCUUUCGGACGCAUCUAAAGGUGGAAAACUCAACAUGUCUGCAAAGCAAAGAAAAAUAGAAAAAGAAAAAGAAGAGGAGAAGAAAAACGUGAUCAAUUAGACUUCCACCUGAAUAUUUGGACAAAAUUCACAGUGCCAAAAAAAGGACUCUUGUACUCAUCAUUUUUGAUGUUCUGAAUGUGAUUAUGAACACAUUUGUGAUGUAAUAAUGAUGUUUAUCAUUGGCAACACAUCACACAGAGGGGCUACCUUCCAGUCAAACUUCUGUAAUCAGAGUGUUUUCCUUCAAGUGAUGUACAAAUAUUCCAAACACCAAAGUGUUUGACAGGAAUGUGCAAGGAAGACAUUUUCUUACUUAUAUUAUACUCUUCUGUCACAGGCUUCACGACAGUAUGCUGGUAGAUAUAUAAAUAUUUUGCCAAAACAUUUCUUUGGACCAUUUUACAUAUCAUCAGAUUGUAAUAGGUUAUGAAGGCAUGAUUUUAUAGAAACUGGCCAGUUGAUUUUAUAUUAUUAAUUUCAAAUUUCAAACUAUAGUAAUGUGUUCUUAAAGCCAUUUAUACAUUCUGUU